AUGGAUUCGUUGUCUAUCAUGAUAAUAGUCUUCAAUACGAUCGCGUGCACACUGGCCAUUGUUGGAGCUGUACUAAAUGUUUAUACAAGAAAACACCCUUUCAACUCAUUUUAUAGAGAACGGCUUGCCAUCUGCUUCUCCACCGUCGUCUUCACACUGGUCUCGUCAGUUUUCAGGUCACCAACUCAGGUAGACAUAGGUCAGAUCCAUACCUCCGUCCAGAGCGGCAAGGCUACCAUCGAGUCAGCACUUGUUGCCGUCGGAAAUUGGUUGCUCUGCAGCUACUACUUCGGCAUGCACCCCACUUUCAAUUGGUGUCUUAUCUUUAUGGCUUCUUUGCAGACCAAAAGGCGACAGAGAAAGUUUGAGGCAACUGACUUGAGCCUACUGCCAUCUCCUACUGAGACCAACUGUAAGCUACACGGAGCAUCAGAUGAGGUUAAAGCUGUUAGUACUGAUACUCUUGCCCUACAUUCAUUCAAUCUGCAGGCGAUAUACCCCAAGCCCAUGAAAUUUAUCUCUGUCUUCUUCAUCGCCACUGGGAGUGCAGUGACCGCAGGACUGCUCUUGGCAGCCAUCCACGCCUUCCACUUUCUGGUCGUGGACAGGGCUGGUGCAAUCUCCUCAAAUAAUAAGAUUCCACCUCUGUACAAGGGGUUGUUUACGUCAGAAAGCAGCAGCGGCAACGUUAGAAUAACCUUUCGGAUGGGGCUCUACAGCUAUUCCUUGCUCUCCACGUGUGCACGCGUCAUAGCCAUAUCAGCCUUUUUCAUCAUAACCGCACUGCAGUUGCGGAACGUAAAGAAUCCAAACAAAGUAACUCGUAAGCGUAGCUGGAUCAAGUUAUCGCUGACCUUUGUUAUUGACAUCUUCCCAUCGUUACUGACCCUACUGUCCACCUUCAUCGAUCGCACGUUCCAGUCGUUCACCUCUUUGAUGCUGCUCCUCUGUGCAACAUCGUCCACCAUGAUAUCCUUCAGUAUAGUGCCCCCCUGCACUAUACUAAACGAGCGAAAGAUAAAUUCUUAA